UCUUUACUACUUACUAAACAUGGCUGCGCCCUUGGUACUCAGACGGGAAUUAUUCUCUUUAGCUAAAAUAUUAGGUGGAAUUUCACAGUUGGGACCGAGAGGUUUGGGAGCUUGUUCCAAUUACAAGAAUUGCAGUCAAACUCGGUUCAAAUUGCUACAGAGACCCAACACUUUCUUCCACACAGCCGCAUAUUUAUCUUCAACUCGUUUUACAAUCACUGUCACAGACGAGCCCGACAUUCUCUUCCAGAAGGUGGUUGUUCUGGUCAAGGCUCAUGACAGAGCUGUGCUGGACAGCUAUGAGUUCUUUGCCACGAUGGCAGCUAAAGAGCUGGGCAUCACUAUGGGCAAAGUUUUUGAGCCACCCAAGGAUAUAGAGAGACUGACGCUACUGAAGUCAGUGCACAUCUACAAGAAGCACAGGGUUCAGUAUGAGAUGAGGACACACUACCGUUGUAUUGAGCUACUGCAUGUUACAGGCUGCACAGCACAAGUGUACCUUGAAUACAUCCAGAGGAAUCUCCCGGAGGGUGUAGCCAUGGAGGUGACAAAGACCGCUGUGGAGAAGAUUCCAGAUCAUAUUCUUGAACCCAUGUGGAAAGAUCACCCUAUUGAUGACAAACCCAGUAAAUAGGUCAUCUAAUGCAUUUUCUUUACUGGAAAAAGUGUAAGCGGUUGUACACAGGUAAUGCUGUAAUAUUUCUAAACAUAGCAGAUUACUGAACUUUACCUUCAUAUUUUGUAUCCACUUAUUAAUGUGUUAAACACUUUAUGUUCAGUUCAUUUUUUGUGUAAACAUUCAUUUCUAAGUAAAAUUUUGAAUCAAAUCUUA